AUGGCUUUUGGCCGCUUCUUAUGGCAGCUCGGCCUAAUAAUAGCCGCAGGCAUCGCGCCAGCUGCUACACUACCGCCCCAGCGACCCAUGACUAUUGAGUCAACUGAGCAUUCAUUUCAAGUCUCCAGUGAUUUUUAUAACCUCUCCAAUGCUUUGGGUAACUUUCCUGGGCUAUCUGAGCGCCAGGAUGAGAAAGUUGAUCUCAGAAUCCUGAACCUUGGUGCCUCGAUUGUAUAUGGCACCGGAUCAUCUAAUGGAAACUCUUAUCGCUCCUUUUUGAGAGACCAGUUGCGUAGCACAGGAUGGAAUGUUAACAUGGUUGGGAGCAAACGUAACGGCAACAUGAAAGAUAACGAUGUGGAGGCUCGUCCUGGUGAUACCGUUGAGCAAGUCGCUGCGGCGUCCAGGAACUCGCUGGUGUAUCAGCCUAACGUUGUCUUAAUCCAAGCUGGAAGUAAUGAUUGCGCCCAGAAUAUAGACACCGGUAAUGCUGGAGUUCGCAUGCGUAACCUUAUUGAGCAGCUGUUGUCUGCCCCGGGGUUUGACAGGACAACCGUCAUCCUCAGCACUCUGAUCCCCAACUUCGACAGCAAUAUCCGUUAUUGCGAAGACGACUUUAACGCGCCUGGAGGCGGCAUCAAUAACCAAUAUCGCUUACUUGCCAGUGCCAUGCGUGCGGAAGGAAAACGAGUUGUUCUCGCGGAGAUGAACCCUGUCUCACCGCACCCAGGCAAUGGCUGGAUCACCCGAAGCGACAUGUCUGAUAAUACCCACCCCAACGACGCCGGGUUCCAGAAGAUGGCCUAUGUAUACUGGAGCGCCAUAGAGGUUGCCAUGAACGAAGGAAAACUUCAAGCACCGUAUGAUGUUGACCUUGGCACCGCGAAACCAGGCUGUGAGAAGAAAUGGGGUGACGGUGUGUAUGCCGGCGGCCUCACACAACAAGGAAGCUGGUACGACGAUGGGAUCUACUAUCACGAAAGUUUAGGGAAGGACAUCGUUCUCACGAUCACAUCGGACUGGGAUCGUGAUCAAUGGCGAUUCGCGCGUCUUUUCAGCACCGCAAGAGACGAUCUUGUUGGCUGGUUUGAAAAGUCUCCGGGGGUUGCCGCCUACGGAGUCUGGAAGAACAACGGAGAUUACAACACGGCGGUUUUCGAUAAGAUUGCCGACAUGACUGUCGACGACAACUGCAUACCUCGUGGUGUGCGCUUCAUUGACGUCAAUGGUGAUGGUCUGGAUGAUUUUGUCUGUAUCGCCCCCAACGGAGAUGUCUACGCGUCUAUCAAUGAGGGUAAUGGGAACGCCAACACUCCCCCAACAUUCCACAGCAUCGGCUUGUGGAAAGAGAAUGUUGGCUGGACGCAAGAGCAUAUAGUGCUUGCAGAUAUAGAUGGCGACGGCCGAGCAGACUAUUGUUACUGGGAUGACGGUGGCAAUAUCUGGUGCUGGCGCAACGGUUGGAUCGACGACAAGCCCAAGUACUGGCAAAACCUCGGCAUGCGAUUUGCUGCGAAGGGCAUGGGCGAUGCACAUGGCGUUCGCUUUGAGGAUAUCAAUGGAGACGGGCGAGAUGACUGGCUCUGGGUGCGUGACGAUGGCCAGACCACGAUCUGGACUAACGCACGUAGCUGCGCCUCUGGUCGCGAUGGCGAUGGACUUAAUGUUGCCUGGCGUCAGGGCUUCCUCAAAGGAGCCUCCAGCGGUCCGACUCACAACGGCAUGGGCAGCUUUGCGAGCACAGGUCUACGUAACAGGAUUCAUUUCGCCAGAAUCUUCGGUGAGCCACAGGAGUUUGGACUUCUUGGCAAGCAAGAUUAUGUCUUCCUGGAACAUAUCCAGGACGGAGAGAAACACAGGUUCAAUGUCCGCGUCUGGAAGAACAUCGGCCGUGGUGGAACCAAGCUCAAGGCCGAUGGUGUCAAGUACUGCAAUAUGAUGGGCCACCCCAACGGCAACGAAGACUACGUUUGGACAUGGUCGACGGGCAAGAUGCUGAUGUAUCCCAGUCGAGGCGUCGGACGCAUAUCGUCUGGUGAGUCGUGGUGGGGUCCAGUUAUUGAUCCAAUAUGGACACCCCCGUUCAACAUUGACCGUCGCGACCUCUAUCUUACAGAUUGGGAUGGCGACGGAGCCUGUGAUAUUGUGUGGGCUGAUUCUAAUAAUGGAAACCGUGUCCAAGUCUGGCGUAACAAGUACAAGGAAACUGGGCGGUGGGAAUGGGAUCAUUACUCAAACCCAGCCCCUGAGUUGGCUUGUAGCCAGAAGCGUGGACUUGGUAUCCACGACCUACCCGUUCAAUUUGCCGACGUCACUGGUAACGGUCGUGGAGACUAUCUAUGUAUGGAACCCAACGGGCGGAGCUCGGGCUGGGUUCACAACGACGCCGGCGGCUGGGAACGCAUUAAUCAAUUCAAGUUCACCGAGGAGAAAGACCGGGCCAACCUCCGCUUCGCUGACGCCAAUGGAGACGGGCGAGCCGAUAUGAUCUGGGUCGACAAAUACAACGGCCAAGGCUGGAUCUGGUACAACGAGGGGCGCAUCCCGGCCGGUGGAUCUGAUUUCACCUGGCGCAAAGCCAGCGAGGCUACAUACUCGGGUUAUAAAGCAGGGACAUGCACAUACUACGUGGACAUGGAUGGCGACGGCAGAGCGGAUCAGCAUUCAAUCCAUGGAACCUUCGAUAACCGAGCUGAGACAUCCUUGAACCUAUGUGGGGGCGGAGGAGACAGCAGCGAUGACUCUGGUGCGGCGAACCCGAACCUGCCUUACAUGCCAGGAACCACGCCUGGUCAAGGCACUGGCGAUGGUGGUAGCAGUGGCGAUUGCGCCGCGGGCACUGGACCAGGGGACUUUGCAGAGCUCUGUGAGUUCAGCUGCAAGUUUGGCUAUUGCCCGCCGCCUUGCGCUUGCACCAGAUACGGGACUCCGGAGAAGAUCCCGGAAGCGUCAACCAGUAUUGGGUACCCAACUAACGGCCAUGAUGAAAGCUAUGCAGAUCUUUGCGCGUUCUCUUGCAGCCGAGGCACGUGUCCCGGCUACGUUUGCAAACAAUAUUCCAAUGGCGGUAGCUUCAUUGAACUGCCGAAUUGCAAGAAGCGUAAAUGGCAAUGCCACUCCGUCGACUCGUGUGGCAUUUCUGGUGAUAUUAACAUACCAGUCAAGGAGAGGUGGGACUACGUCGAUGCUGGCUUGGUUCUCACCGAUGCACAGAGCGAUUUCAAAAACCGGGUUGGACUGGACGAGGACAAGACGGGGAUUAUUGGAAAAUACUUCCCCGAAUAUGUUUCUAGGAGGUACGGUGGACAAGAUCCAAUCACCUCAGGAUACCGAGGUCCUACUCCUUUUCGGUGUGCAAAAGUCAACGAUGCCUUCUGCACAGCCGCUCAAAUAUGGUGUGGCGUGACACAGCACGUGGCAUUGGACUUGAAUCUUAUAUCGUUCACCCACAUCAAGGCAGCGUUCAAAGGGCUUUACACUACUUUCAACGAUGUAAACGUUAGGGGGAUCGUGAAUAAGCUUUCGGAAGAUUUCGGCCCCGAGGACAAGCCUGGCCAGCUAGAUACCUUGAAGACAGCACUCGAGUGGUUUGACAUAAUUCUCGGCUUCGCUGGCAUGAAAACCUGGAAAGACAGCAUCCAGAAAGUGAUUGAUUAUGGAGGUGAAAUCAGUGAGAAUGCAAACUUCUUCGUGGGAUUAAUAGGAAAAGAGAUGGAAGGAAAAGAGCAGCUUGAAGAUGCGGUAAAUCUGUUCAUAGAGACAGGCAAAGGCGUGGCCGAUGCCGCCCUUGGACAUCUCUUCGAUGGGUCUGAUGAAGGUACAGACCAGCUCAAAAACCUCAUCAAGGACGGUGCAUUCCUUCUGCCGUACGAGUCCGGAUCUUCAACUUUCAACAUCACGAAGAAUCUUGAGGCAACCAUGAGACACAGGUUAAUCCCGGCGGCUUGGGCGUCUGAUGCAGAGCUUACACCCGUCGUCAUCGCCUGGGAGGACAAAGGCCGGACCGGAGGAUCAGACUCGCCGAUUCACCUGUGGCCAUGGGGUUCCCUGACGGGCGAGGAAGAGAACAUCGCCUGGGGAUGGAUUAGUGACGACACAGCGCGGGCCACCCUCAUUAACCAUAAUGGAUGGUUACUGUGGCUCGUUGUCUAUUUCAAUAUCCCCCAGAAGGCCCAAGCAGACCGUAGAUGGACGUUCCGCGAGCCUAAUGGCUUCGACAAGCUCAGCCCAGGCAAUAAGGACUACAACGGCGCCGUCUGGCAGGACAUUGCCAUCUCAGCAUUUGAAGGAUGGCGCGCCGCGGACAAGAACCAAGCUUACGGCGUCGUUAGGGAACAAGGCCCAGGCGGGUACUUCUACGAGGAGGGCGUCAAGACCCCGGGUUUUAUCAGCGGCAUCCCCGUGUGCGGGCUCGAUGUGAUUCACCACGCCCACCAAUACGAGGAACUAGAUAAUCGCUGCGACACAUGGCCGUGUUGUUGCUACGAAGCUUGGGACAAGCCGCUGGUCUCCUGCUCACAAGUUCCAGACGGCUUUUCUCCCUAUAGUUCCUCCAAAGUGCAGUUUUCGGUCGCGUCAGAGACAAAUUCUUCAGAGCAUAAGAUGGACCUGACAGCUAAGGCCCGUCAAUUGGAGUUGCAUGGCUAUGAGAGGACAUGGGAUGGUACGUGGUCGUAA